AUGCUGCAUGUUAACUAUUUAUAUUAGGUUUCUUUCAAAUCAAUAGUUUGAUUAGACUGACAUAGCUAGAUUAGACUAUUGAAACUAAUACUCUGAACUCAUAGAGAAUCUCAUCAUCAUCAUCAUCCCAGAAGAUCUUAUGACUUGACAACACUCCAAAAAAAAAUCUAGCAUUGAAAAAAUCACCCAUCACGCCAAAACCAAAAAAAAAAACUAAUCUUCAUUUUUUGCUUAUAAAUUUCUUUAAUACAGUUCCUAAAUUCAUAAACACUAAGCUGCUUUUUUGGCUUUGGUGGCCUCUGCUUCUUUCUUUAACCUCAAGUAAAGUUUCUUCUCUGCUUCUAUUAUUCUUUGUUCUUCCAUAUUAUGUUAAAGAGAGAUACCUAUGCUCAUGUUUAAUUCUUACCUUGAAGCUCAUUUUCUUUGUUCAGGGUGUAAGUGGUGAUAGUUAUACAAACCAAAGAUGAAUCUUGAAUUUGAUGACUCAAUCAGGAUGCAUCCUGGAGUGAGAAGACAAGAACGGGACAAGAUUCGCAGACUUUUUAUAAAACAUGUCGAUAGUAAACUGGAUUUACACAGGAAUGCUCCUUUAAACAGACUCUCCAUCAAGUGCAAAGAUGACGUUGGUCCAGCUCCUGUCAUUCGUUGGAUAAGCAAAGUUCUGAACCGUCAUGUUACAGAACUUGUUCUAAACAUCUCUUCUCAUUGGUCUUGGCCUCUCUCUUCCGAGGUUGAUUCGAGUGUAACAAUGUGUCAAGAAUUUUGGGAAUCUUGCUCCAUAUCUAGCAUUACCCUCAAGAGACUAACGUUCCGGUUUAAACAAAUGGUUUAUGAUAAUCCAAAGAGUGUAUCGUUUGAUACUCCAAAUCUUGUCUACUUUGAGUAUUCUGAUGCUAUUGCAGAUACCUAUCCAAACGUGAAUUUUCCUUUACUUGUUGAAGCUAGUCUCGAUCUGCGAAUGACUCAUGAACAGAUCGGUCAGGCUAAACUUUCAGACGAUGAUAUAGCUAAAGAAAAAGAGGGAACUAUGGUUGGGAAUGCAACGGUUCUUCUUAUGGGAAUAUGCAAUGUUAAGAAGCUUUGCUUAUCUGACAACACUCUUGAGGUUCUUGCUUUCUGCUGCAAACCAAUGCCGGUUUACAACAACCUCGUUCAUCUAACUAUCAAGACUCACCCAAAUGUAGAAUGGGAAUCACUGACUGCACUUCUCAAGAACUGUCAAAAUCUUGAAACUCUUGUCUUCGAAGGACUUCUCCAUAGAUAUGGAAUGAAUUGUGGAAGUGGAGAGUGCCUAUGCAAACCAUGGGAGGAGGAGGAGGUUCCUACUUGCUUAUCAUCAAGUCCUGUGAAGAUCCUUGAGAUAAUGAAGUUUGGAGAUAUCUGUGAAGAUGAGGACAUGGAUAAAAUGAUGGAGCAAGUUGAGUACUUCCUUGAGACGAUGCCAAAUCUUGAACAACUCAUAAUACACUAUGAGACGGAUAUUGAUGAAGAUGUGGUGGAAGUUUUAAGCCAGUUUCAGAUGGUUUCUAGAGAAGGAUUAAGCAAGUGUAAGAUUCAAGUCAUCUCUGAUAACCUCAACUUGUCAUCUACUUAAGCAUCUUCGUGGUUUCUUAAGUUGGUAUUGGAUUCACUCAUGCUUCUUUCUACCGUUUCAAAGACAUGAGUGUGUCUCGGCUUUAUGUUUGUAAUAGUAUCUAAUGACUUGUUUUGUUUAUGGUCUUGAUGGUCAGACCACAACUCAAUGUAUUAAUUUUUCAGUUAAUGUAUUAAGUUUUAGUUUGUCUUU